GUGGUGGCGGAGGUACAAUACACAAAAGCAAAGAUUCUCUAACUAUGUGCUGCGACAAAAAUUGUAAUUGUGAUACAGUCUCUAGUACGCCGAUAUUUACAACUGCAACUAUGGUGGACACUAAACCUCAAAUAGUUGCUGCAGCAGCAACAGCCGCGGGAACAACAACGGCUGCUGUGGCGGCAGCGGCCAAGCACUUCAUGACGCCAAUUGGACCCCUCCAGCUUACGGGCGAAGAGGUCAACGAGAUAUUGAUGAAACGAGCGGUGCAGGCGGCUAACGUGCAGGCUGGUCAAGGAAAUAAUAGCGGCGGCGGAGGCGCUGGAGGCGGAGAUGGCGGACACUCGGGGGAAUUGGUCAUCGGAGAACUGCAGGGGAUUCACAUACAAAGUCUUGGAAAUCAAAAGAUGGGUAUGGAGGAAACUGAUGAUUCUCAAAAUACAGCCUCGACUCACUGUCCGAAGCUUGAACCAAUUGUGAGUCUAUCACCUAAGCAAGGAACACAAGUGACGCCGAAAGAGAGACCUUAUUCCUGUGAUGACUGUGGGAAAUCUUUUCUGUUGAAGCACCACCUUACAACACAUGCUCGAGUACAUACAGGAGAGCGCCCACAUAUUUGCGUUCAUUGUGGAAAGAGCUUUGCUCACAAACAUUGUCUUAAUACACAUCUUCUGCUACAUUCUACCGAGAGGCCUUACCAGUGUCAGGAGUGCAAGAAAAGUUUUACACUCAAACAUCACUUGUUGACGCAUUCAAGGGUGCAUUCACGAGAAAGACCGUUUGUCUGUCAGGAGUGUGGUAGAGCUUUCCCAUUGAAGCGACAUUUAGUAACACACAGUAAAUUCCAUGCUGGUGAGCGUCCGUUUGUUUGUGAAGACUGUGGAGAAAGUUUUGCACAAAAAGAUCAUUUGGUAAUGCACUCACGUUUCCAUGGAAGCACAAACCCAUUUGUUUGUCCAGAUUGUGGUGCAACAUUUCCAAGAAAAUUCCAACUUGUCAAUCAUGGACGACUUCAUGGUCGAAUUCCACAUUCAUGUUCAGUUUGUGGGAAAGAAUUUUUGCAAAAAAGGACAAUGGUAGCACAUAUGAGGCUUCACACAGGUGAUCAUCCAUUUGCGUGCAACCAGUGUGGUGAAAGUUUUAGAGUGAAACCAGAACUUACUCAACAUACUAGACUUCAACAUGGUACUGGAAAUAAUACAAAUAACACUAAUAAUCAACAAAACAACACUACAGAUCGGCCUGGAUUUCCUUGCAGGGAGUGCGGUAGCGCUUUCAACAGCCGUGAAGCACUUGCAUUGCAUUUGCGUCUUCAUGCAGGUGAUAGAACUCUUGUCACAGAUUUGUGUGCAUUAACUGCUGCCUUACAGCCGUCACAUUUCUUAGCCCAAACGGGUACAGUUGUAAGUCAACAAGGAACUGGAACAACAAAUCAGGGCCUGCAAAUAAUCACUUCUACAGGAGCUGUUGUGAGUCAUGGCGCAACUCAAACACCUGUUGCUCCUGCUCGCACUAAGAAUCAUUUUUGUCAGGAUUGUGGCAAGGGCUUUGCCGCAAAACAUGGAUUAUUACAACAUAAUAGAAGGCAUCCAAAUGGGGCUUGUACAUUGAGAACACAUGUAUGCGAACAGUGCAACAAGGCAUUCUUCCAGAAAAAUCAUUUAUUAUUGCAUCAAAGACAGCAUCAAGAGCAUCCUAGAAAUCAGGGUGAUAGUCAGCAACAACAAUCUGGUAGCAAUGGAAUUCAACAGCAACAACAACAGCAAUCAGCUAUUCAGUCAUCAAAUAACAUUCAGCAACAACAACAGCAGCAGCAGCAGCAGCAACAACAACAACAACAGCAACAACAAGGAAAUGAUAAUGGACUCUCAAAUCAGCAGCAAUCUAACAAUCCACUUAAUCUACAACAACAAUCAAAUGGAAACAACAAUGGCGAAACAAUGGCUCAUGCCAUGGGCCACCAAAUUACAGGGUCUCAUCUUGCGCAAGUGCAAGUUUUACACACGGGUGGUGGACAACCUGCACAAGUUAUCAAGUAUGAGAUCAAUAUACCACAACCGCCUGGAGUCGGGGUUGUGAGAGACAGACAGACAAUGGAGUAAUAUGUCAAUAUGCUAUUUGUUAUUGUGUUUUAAAGGAUUUUUUAGCUAUUAUGUGGAUGCAGUGAAUGUGAAUUGAAACUAAAAUAUUUUAUUAAAAUUAUUUGUCAUCGACAAUUUCUUAUCUGGAAGUAUUUCAUACUGGAUAAUUAAUACUAUAUAAUGAAUUAUGUAUGUUACGGAUUUAUAUAUUCGACUUGAAAUGAAGAUUUAUAGAAUUUGAUAGAAUUGAAAUGGUAAAUGAGCUAUUACAAACAUCAGACAUUCAAAUGUAAUUUAUAUAUUGGUAGCGCAUUUUAUAUAUUUUAUAUAUUUUAAUUAAAAAUUACUAUGAGAUCAUUAUUAAGGUCAGAUUUGAUGUACCAUUUGUUUAACAUCGGACAAAAAUCACCCAUUGUGUGCAAUUUAUUUUUAGAACUUUAAAGAAUUUGUUGAUGACAGAUAUGUGAUCUAAUUCAUAUAGCUAGAACUGUAAAAAUGCCAAGCAUACCCGGCAAAAAAUACAUUAGCAUCUUUUAAAGAUAACUUAUAUUAUAGGAUCAUUUUAUAUAGAUAUGUAUUUAAAUAUUUUACAUUUCAAAGUUUGUUUGGAAAUUUAUUUAAGCUUUAAUCAUGAUGCAUACAACCAAUCUGCUAAAAUAUUUUUUGCUUAUAUAAAUAUGUACACAC